AUGUUCAAGGCUGUGAUACCGCGAGUAGCCUCGCGCUCGGCGGCGCUGCGAACACACACGCCCUCCCAGAGCUCUUUCUUCGUUGCUUCACCCUCCACAUCCUUGCUCUCGCAGCGGUUAUCACAACGGAGGGGAUAUGCUACGCCGGCUGAGGAGAAGGACCUCGUAAUCAUCGGCGGUGGCGUGGCGGGAUAUGUGGCUGCUAUCAAGGCUGGCCAGGAAGGCCUUAAGGUUGCCUGCAUAGAAAAGCGCGGCGCCCUCGGCGGCACCUGUCUCAACGUCGGCUGCAUCCCCUCCAAAUCGCUCCUCAACAACUCGCACCUCUACCACCAGAUCCUGCACGACACCAAGAACCGCGGCAUCGAAGUCGGCGACGUCAAGCUCAACCUCGAGCAGAUGAUGAAGGCCAAGGAGACGUCCGUGAAUGGCUUGACCAAGGGUAUUGAGUUUCUGUUCAAGAAGAACAAUGUGGAAUACUUCAAGGGCACCGGCGCUUUUGCGGAUGAACACACUGUCGCGGUCAACUUGGCUGAGGGCGGGGAGACGAGCGUACGGGGAAAGAAUAUCAUUAUCGCGACUGGAUCGGAGAGCACGCCGUUCCCUGGGUUGACGAUUGAUGAGAAGAAGGUGAUCACAUCUACUGGAGCCAUUGCGCUGAAGGAGGUGCCGAAGAAGAUGGUCGUCAUUGGUGGUGGUAUCAUCGGACUCGAAAUGGGCAGUGUCUGGAGCAGAUUGGGCUCGGAAGUCACGGUUGUGGAGUUCUUGGGCCAGAUUGGUGGACCUGGUAUGGAUGCGGAGAUCAGCAAGAACAUCCAGAAGACGCUGGGAAAGCAGGGCAUGAAGUUCAAGCUCAACACCAAGGUCACAUCCGGUGAUGACAGCGGCGAGACGGUGAAGCUCGAGGUCGAGGCUGCCAAGGGAGGCAAGGCGGAGACUCUCGACGCAGACGUCGUCCUCGUAGCCAUUGGCCGCCGCCCCUACACCCAAGGUCUCGGCCUGGAGAACAUCGGCCUCGAAACCGACAACCGGGGCCGUCUCGUCAUCGACUCGGAAUACCGCACCAAGAUCCCACACAUCCGCGUCAUCGGCGACUGCACCUUCGGCCCCAUGCUCGCGCACAAGGCGGAAGAAGAAGCCGUCGCCGCCAUCGAAUUCAUCACCAAAAACUACGGCCACGUCAACUACAACGCCAUCCCCUCGGUCAUGUACACGCACCCGGAAGUCGCCUGGGUCGGCCAGAACGAAGCCGAACUGAAAGAACAAGGCGUCAAGUACAAAGUCGGCACCUUCCCCUUCAGCGCCAACAGCCGCGCCAAGACGAACCUCGACACGGACGGUCUCGUGAAAUUCCUCGCGGACGCCGAGACGGAUCGGAUAUUGGGCAUUCAUAUCGUUGGACCGAAUGCGGGUGAGAUGAUCGCGGAGGGCACGCUCGCGUUGGAGUAUGGUGCUUCGACGGAGGAUGUGGGACGGACGAGCCACGCGCAUCCUACGCUUGCGGAGGCGUUCAAGGAGGCGGCUAUGGCGACUUAUGGGAAGGCGAUACACUACUAA